UCCAGUGCGUUCCACGCGUAUUUUGUUUGUUCUGUUUUACAUUGAAAUUCUUGGUGAACCUCCGGAGCCUUCUCGCUCAACUUGUUCAUGUCUGCAAGAAUUGAAAACAGAUGAAGAUUAUUCCAUAAAUAUACUAUUGACAUCAUCACAGACUUUCAAUAUGCCAAAGGUAAAAGCUGCGAAGAAGUCACGCCAGCAUGAAGAAGUACAAAGGCAGGGUAUUCAGUUCAAUAGAGAUCUUGGUCAACAUAUUCUAAAAAAUCCUUUAGUGGUGAACAGUUUAGUAGAAAAAGCUGCACUGCGGCCAACAGAUGUCGUACUAGAAGUUGGACCAGGAACAGGUAACAUGACAGUUAAACUGAUGGAUAAAGUAAAGAAGGUCAUUGCUUGUGAAGUUGAUCCUCGACUAGCAGCAGAGCUCCAGAAAAGAGUGCAAGGGACACCGAUACAGACGAAGCUACAUCUUAUUGUCGGUGAUGUGUUAAAGUCUGAACUACCGUUUUUUGACGUGUGUGUAGCCAACCUGCCCUACCAGAUAUCCUCUCCUUUUGUGUUCAAGCUUCUACUUCACAGGCCGUUUUUCCGAUGUGCAGUUUUGAUGUUUCAACGAGAGUUUGCUCAGAGGCUGGUGGCGCAACCUGGUGAUAAACUGUACUGUAGACUCUCGAUCAACACGCAGCUGCUUGCACGUGUCGAUCAUUUGAUGAAAGUUGGCAAGAAUAAUUUUCGCCCUCCGCCGAAGGUCGAGUCUUCCGUUGUCAGAAUUGAGCCGAGAAAUCCUCCACCCAGUGUGAAUUUUCAAGAGUGGGAUGGACUGGUUCGCAUUGCAUUUGUGCGAAAAAACAAGACACUAAGUGCUGCUUUCAGACAAUCAAAUGUACUGGAAUUGUUAGAAAAAAAUUACAGGAUACACUGUUCUGUGAAUGGAAUCACAAUUCCAAGUGAUUUUGAUACGAAAGCAUUUAUUAUUGCGAUUUUAGAAGAGGGAAACUUUGAUAAAAAACGACCCCGUUCAAUGGACAUUGACGACUUUUUGGGUCUCUUACAUGCUUUUAAUUCUAGGGGUAUCCACUUUACAUGACCAUGGUUGAUCAAAUAUGUAUUAAAAAAGAAUAAUCAGUCGGAUACUUGUAUUAACAAGGUACUGUGUAUUUACCAUUAAUAACAUUAACAGUACAUUUACGUCUGCGGUGUAGCUCAAAAAAUGGUGUAAAUCCAUUAUGGAACUAUUAUAGGCUGGUGAUCAUUUGUAUUACUAUUAAAAAUGAUCAACAAAUGAA